AGUCACAUGUCACAAGACUUCCGAGCGAGAUUUGCUUUUGCAAUGUAAAUUAGAAGACUAAAUAAAUGAUUUAUAUUAAUAACAUAACGUGUAGUGGUUCUACUUAAUUCAAUAAAUUAGUUUCAGUCAAGUUGUUAAGGUGACCGUUUUUUCAUUAUAGAAAAUAUGGUGUCAAUUGUGUUCGUCGUUUAAUACUAGUGAAUGGCUGGUGUCAAAGUACAAUCAUCUAAUAAAAGAUGCAGUCUAUUUUUUGGACUGGCAGAGCGCUAUCACGUGCUUUAAGGAAUGGGCUUUCUAGCCUUUCAAGUGCUGCUGAAUUGAAUAUUUCUAAUAAAAAAUAUCCGUACUUAGUAUCCGUAGUAUGUGGUUUUCCUAAAGACAUUGCAAAUGGAAGAACACGUAAAGGUCAAUUCGGAGAUGAUGCAUGGUUUUCCACCAACUUCAAUAAUGCAGAUGUUAUUGGAGUUGCAGAUGGAGUGGGAGGGUGGCGUGCAUAUGGAAUUGAUCCGGGCGAAUUCUCCUCGUAUCUCAUGAGAACAUGUGAAAGAUUAGUUCAAAUGGGUCACUUUAAAUUAUCAGAACCAGGAGAUCUCUUAGCUAAAUCCUAUUAUGAACUUCUAGAGCACAAGAAACCUAUACUAGGUAGUAGCACAGCUUGUGUAAUGAUCCUGGAUCGUAAUGAGAGUGUUAUGCGGGCAGCCAAUAUAGGCGACAGUGGUUAUAUGGUGGUGAGGGGAGGCCGCGUUGUGCACCGUUCUCAUGAGCAACAACAUUACUUCAACACACCAUACCAACUUAGUUUGCCUCCACCUGGCCAUGACCGGAAUGUUCUUAGUGACAGGCCAGAUUCCGCGGAGACAUCGGAGUUCGCCGUGGAAUGCGGCGACGUGAUUCUGGUGGCGACAGACGGUGUAUUCGACAAUGUGCCGGAGCCGGUUCUGGUGGCGGAAAUGAGACGCGCACAAGGAUUAGCCGGCGACUCGAAACGGCUGCAAGCUGUCGCCAACUCGAUCGCGUGGAUGGCGCGAAACCUCUCCUUCGACGGUUGCUACAUGUCGCCGUUCGCCAAGAGCGCGAGGCAAAACGGCAUAGAUGCUAUCGGUGGGAAACCAGACGACAUAACGGUGCUACUAGCUAUAGUAGCGCUAUGAAAAUGUGUCCGUACGAUUUAGAUAACUUUUAGGCACAUGUUUUGAAUAGACAUUUGCAAAUUUAAGUAAUUUUGUGAUUUAAUGACACC